GGUAAAACUUCGCAGUCGAGCGCCUGGUGAAGUUUUUCCGUUUGAGAAGGAAGUUUUGUUUUAAACAAUCGUGAAUAAUUUUAGUGUGUGUCAGUGUCAAUAGCGCCUUAUAUGACGUUUUCAAAAUGCCUAGAAAGUAUUAUGCACGACUAUGCACUCUUCAGAAGUGGGAAAAUUAUUCAGGUUAUGGAUUUAGCCUACAGGCGACGAAGGGCAAGGUCGGACACUAUAUAAGUGAGGUCGAUCAACAAUCUCCUGCAUUUGCGGCUGGUCUUAGAGAUGGUGAUUACGUAGUAGAAGUAAAUGGCGUUAAUAUUGUACCUAAACAACAUCAAGAGGUAGUACAAUGUAUUUUGAAAUAUCCAUCAAAAGUCUCCCUUCUUGUACUCGAUCCAGAAUCAAAAGCUUAUUUCGAAAAUAAUUCAAUUAAUGUCAGUAAAUUUAUGGUAGAUAUUGAGAAAGUCUGUUGUCCAGCAGUUAAUCCAUUUGCAUCCGGUCAAAAGGUGAAUGGACAUACUGAACUGAUUUCAGAUGACAGUUUUUUAUCAAGUGAAUCAGAAAAAAAUAAAGUUGGAACCAGUGACGAGAUGACCAUUCAAUCAUCCAGUUAUCCAUCAUCUAUGGUUUCAUUAUCACAACAUAAUAAUUCACUGACAAGUAUUCGUAAUAGUUCACCAGCAUAUAGUUAUAGGUCAAGAAAUGAUAAGAUAAAUGGUGCUUUAUCCGUUCAAGAUACUCCCAUCUCUACCGAAUCUAAGAAGUCUGUUCAACGGAACAGUCAUCAAUCAAUUAUAAGUAAUAUUGAUUCGGAUAUAAUUAGUAAUAGAUCAACAGUAAAUGGAGGACGUCGACGAAAUCAACAAAAAGAUUUUCUAAGUUUUAAUGCACGUGCAAAAAUAGUGAAUGAAUUGUAAUAAACUGAAAUUGUUUUCAAAGUUUUAAAUCAUAGAAACAGAUAUUGUUUAUUCAACCAAAUCAAAUUAUCAAUGUGUGUCACUAUAAGCUGCUGAUCGAACUAAAUAUUUGUGAAAAGUUUACAAGAGAAUUUUUCUUAAUAAUUUGUAUUACCACCCCAUUAUUUGUUAUUUUUCUUAUCGUUAUUUUCUUCUAUCAUUAUUUUAGUCACAUUAUUAAUGAUUUCAUUAUUUUGUAUAAUAAAAAUCUUUAAUUAUGAAGCUCUGUUUUGCCUAUAAAUAUAUAAAUUCAAGCUACAA